CUAUCUGUCAUUUUUCAUUUUUACACGUCAUUUUUCUUUCAUAAAUUUUUUUUCGUUUUUCUUUUUGGUAUAUCCUUCAAAAUUAAAUUUAAAUUUUUUGUAUAUUUAUCUUUGUAUGAUGUCUGCCAACAAACCAACAAAAAAAUUUAUACAGGAUGUUUUAAUAUUACACAAUAAAUAUCGGUCAGUUCAUUCAUCACCUGAUCUUAAAAUUAAUGACAAAUUGAAUGAAUUGGCACAAGAUUGGGCUGAAAAUUUGGCAAAGAAAGAGGUUAUGGAGCACCGACCAGAUAAUGAUUACGGUGAAAAUAUUUAUCUUGCAAGUAACAGUGAUCCAAAAUGGGAAUUAAAACCAGAAAAUGUUGUUGAUGCUUGGUAUGCGGAAAUAGAGAUGUACAAAUUUGGCGAAGAAUCGCCGACAAAUUUACCGGAUGUGGGUCAUUUUACCCAGCUUGUUUGGCAUUCAACUGAAACAAUGGGUCUUGGAAUGGCAACUAGUGAAACAGGAAAAGUCAUUGUUGUUUGUAACUAUGAACCAGCUGGUAAUGUUCUUCGUAAAUUUACUGACAAUGUUUAUCCAGUUAAAAAAGUCAACAAAACAGAGGACAAUACUGAAAAUUCAAUUGGUGAUGAAGUUAAGCCUGGUGAAAUUGUGGAUCAAAUUUUAGGAAUACCAAUUGAAAUACCAAAUAAGGAAACACUAGAAUCGAUGGCACGUCUUUACGCAGUCCCUUCUGAAAAACUACGUGUGUUGACAUCUUGGUUGAUAAAAGUUACAGAAGAAGCAAACGCGUGGCAAUCUUGGCUUCACUCCCACAUUGACUUGAUCCUACGAAUGAGUGAAUAUUUCAUCCCAGGUCAACAACAACAACAAUCUUUAUCAUCAAAAAAUACUAUUGACGAAAAAACAGCUUCUAAUUCUACUUUUAUUCUGAAUUCAUCGGAUAUAUCAAGUAUGAAAAAACUUGAAGAUGAAACUGUGUCAGCUGGUGAGCCAAAAGAUAUACCACAAUCAUUUUCAAAAUUUGAUAAAACUCAUGAAAAAAAAGAAGAUAAAAAGUUGGAAGAAAUAUCAAAACAUUCAGUUGAAAAUCACUCAAUGGAUGGUGGAACAUCAAGUGAAUUAUCAAAUGAAAAAAUUGUAAAAAAUACUUGGCCCAUUGGAAUACCCUGGUCACCACGAUUGCCAGAUAAAAAAAAUAAAAAAACAAAAAAAUUUGAAGAUAAAAUUGAAUUUGAACCCAUACCGAUGCCAAGAGAUGAAAUUGAAAUGGCUAUUCUUAUAAAACAAGUUAAACAUCAAGCAAAAAUUUAUCGAUCUCUUUAUAAACACUGGAAAGAGACAGCUGAUAGAGCCUAUCAAGAAAUAAUUGAUCGUGAUAUCAUGCCAACAAAUCAAGUGUUUAAUGAUGAAGAAGUACCAUAUUCAUAUUAUGUUUACACUGACAUUAAUGACGAUGAUGAAAUAAAUUCAACGAAAAAUACAACUGAACAAUUGACUCAUAAUAAUCAACAUUUAUAUUUUAAUAUAUCUGAUAAAUAUGAUUUAUAAUUUAGAAUUAUAAAAGAUCAUAAAAAGGUCAGGAGAUAAAUUUUUUUUAAAAUUUAUCAAUUCAUUAAUUAAAAUGUCAGCUAAUAUAUAAAAAAAUAAUAACUUUGCAAGUUUUAUAUUGAACCUUUAGAAUUUAAUUGAUCAUAAAUUUUAAAUAAUAUGUUUCACAGUUAGAUGCAAAAUUUAAAAUGUGAAAAACACUGUAAAAUUUUGAAUAAUAAAUGUUAAAAUUUUAAAUAUCAUCAAAUGUUAACUUUAAUUUUUUAUAUUUAUUUUUUAUUUCAACAAUUUACAAUCUUUUUUUUAUUUUCUGGGCUUUUUUACAUUUUAAAAGAAAAUCAACAUUUAAAUAAACUUAGAAUUUAAUUUUUUUUUAGAUGCUAAUCAACGCUUUUUUCAACUGAAAAUUUCAAGUAUUUUGAGCUGAAUUUUAAAUCGAAAUAUUCAAAAUAAUGUAUACCUAUAUUUCGACAUUUAAAAAAUGCUCAAUUUUACAAUUUUUUUGUGCCUUUAAAUUUACCAUUGAUUUAAAAUGAUAAUAAAAAAAAUAAAAAA